GAUUCGUGUAUCGACCAUUGCAAAGAGACAUCGAGACGUCCAAGAACCUUGGGCGCUGUCGUUGUCUGACCGAGAUAGAACCGUUCGGGGAACGAUACGAAAUGCGGCUGACCAUGAAGGUACAAAAGGGACAUCAUCUUGCGAACAUGAAAGUCCCCACUGGUCCCUUGAGCUACACUUCUCUUCAACGAAUUAGCUCCUCGAGUCCUCAUUCCAACCAUGGCACUCUCAUACAGCAUCAGACGCGUGUUUCUACUCGUCGCUGCAGGCUUGACGGCGUUGCUUGCUGUUAGCGCUACACAGGUCAUGCGUCGUCCUGAUAACUUCGAGGACGCUCCCCGCAAAUUCGCUGUUGGUAACGCGAAGCCUCAGAUCGUCCACAAACGUGCCGCCGGUGCUAAGGUCCAGGCCGCGUACUUCACUAACUGGGGUAUUUAUGGCGCAAACUUCCAACCUACUGACAUUGACCCCUCCACCUUGACGCAAAUUCUUUACGCUUUCGCCGAUGUAUCCCCGGAUACAGGUUCUAUCUCCCUUACUGAUAGUUACGCAGAUGAACAGAAACAUUUUCCCGGCGAUUCUUGGGACGAACCUGGAAACAACCUUUACGGUUGUCUGAAACAGCUCUACCUCUUGAAGAUGAAGAAUAGGAAUCUCAAGAUCACACUCUCCGUCGGUGGCUGGACAUACUCACAAUCCGGUCACUUCAACUUCGUCACAGAUGCCGGCAAACGGACCACUUUCGUCAACAGUGCUGUUCAGCUCAUCAAGGACUACGGUUUCGACGGUCUCGAUCUUGACUUUGAAUAUCCAAGCAAUGCUGCGCAAGGCCAGGGCUUUGCUGAUCUCCUCACUAGCCUUCGUACUGCCUUUGACAAUCUUGCAAAGUCAAACGGUGACACUACACCCUACCUCCUCACAGCUGCCGUCUCUGCAGGAGCUGAAAACUACGCCAACUUGGUCAUCCCUCAGAUGGACAAAGCCUUGGACUACUGGAAUUUGAUGGCUUAUGAUUACGCUGGUUCAUGGUUGACUUUCGCUGAUAAUCAAGCUAACCUGUUCGGAGGCUCGCGAACUGGAGUUUCCACUGACCAAGCUAUCAAGUUCUAUCUUGCACGUGGUGCUACCGCUAGCAAGAUUACUAUGGGUAUUCCCCUCUAUGGUCGUGCAUUCGAGGCUACAGCAGGUCUCGGUCAGCCGUAUAACGGUAUCGGGCCUGGUACCAUCGAAGCAGGCGUCUACUCUUACACCGCCCUUCCCCUAGCUGGUGCUCAAGUUUUCGAGAACAUGACGGACGUUACCAGUUACUCCUACGACUCCGCUAAGAAAGAACUUGUCUCCUACGACACCCCUCACAUUGCUACCACCAAGGCUCAGUAUGUAGCCACGAACAAUCUUGCCGGUUCAAUGUUCUGGGAUCUUUCCACUGAUAAGAAGGGCUCUGACUCUCUCGUGGGCACCACUGCUGGUGUCUAUGGAAGCCUCGAUCAGACCCAGAAUCACAUCCACUUCCCCAACAGCAAGUGGGAUAACAUCCGCAGCAACAUGGGUUCGGGCGGAUCCGGCACCACGACCUCUGCCCCAGGCUCACCCACCCCUACUGGCGGGACUGGCAAAUGCGCUAAUGUCGGCGCGUGGAGCUCAGCUUCUAUAUACACUGGUGGCCAGAGUGCUGUCUUCAAUGGUCACCUGUGGACUGCCAAAUGGUGGACACAAGGCGAUACUCCUGGAGGUUCAGCUGAUGUUUGGGUUGACAAUGGCGCAUGCUGAACGGCUAGCUAUUCAGACGAGAUGGCU